AUGGCGGCACUGGAGCAUUUGGAUUUGUCAAGAAACAAUCUGAGCGGAAAAAUCCCUAGCAGUACUCUACCUCCGGACCUUGGGCGGUAUUCUAUGCUUGAAGUUUUUCAGGUGGCGUCCAAUUAUAGGCUUAUUGGCCAGCUGCCACAACACUUGGGUGAUAAUGGAAAGUUGAUACGAGUGGUAGCUUCCGACAACAACCUCAGUGGUCAACUGCCGAAGUCGCUUGGAAAUUGCAAUAAUUUGAUAUUUCUUAAUGUUCAAAAUAAUAGGUUUUCUAGGAAUAUUCCUAGUGGCCUAUGGACAUUAUUGAAUAUGGGCAGCUUGCUGUUAAGCAACAAUUCGUUUAUAGGUGAGCUUCUUGAGAGAUUGUCACGCAAUCUUUCUCAAUUAGAGAUCAGUCACAACAGGAUAUAUCGAAAGAGAGAGCAGGUAUUGGAUUUGACGUGGGAGCUCACCUCAUUCCAGAGGCUGAAUUUCACAGAAUCUGACAUUUUGUCUAGACUGAUAGAUAAUAAUGUGAUUGGUAGCGGUGGAUCUAGAAAGGUAUAUCGUGUUGCUAUUAAUCCAUCAGGUGAAAUUGUCGCUGUGAAGAAGACAUGGAAUAAGAAAAAGGUAGAACAGAAGCUUGAAAAAGAAUUUCUGGCAGAAGUCAAAAUACUAAGUUCAAUUCGACAUUCCAACAUAGUGAAGUUGCUCUGUUGUAUCUCCAGUACUAAUAAUUCAAAACUUCUUGUCUACGAGUAUUUGGAAAAUCGUAGCUUAGAUCUAUGGUUGCAUAGGAAGAGUAGUAGAGCAUCAACUAUCUCAGGUUCAGUCCAACAUGUUGUCCUAGAUUGGCCUAAGAGAUUUCAAAUAGCAGUUGGGGCUGCCCGGGGGCUCUCCUAUACGCACGAUGACUGCUCACCACCCAUUGUUCAUCGAGAUGUGAAGUCAAGCAACAUCCUUUUGUAA